AUGCAUAUACGUGAGAUCGUUCUUGAAGGUUUCAAAUCUUAUGCAACUCGAACAACCGUCGGUCCAUUCGAUGAACAUUUUAAUGCUAUUACAGGUUUAAACGGUAGUGGAAAAUCGAAUAUACUUGAUUCAAUAUGUUUUGUUAUGGGCAUAACAUCGUUAUCACAAGUUCGUGCCCAAGCUCUAUCAGAUUUUAUUUAUAAACAAGGUACGGCUGGUGUAACACGAGCUAGUGUUUCAAUUAUGUUUGACAAUCGAAAUAAAGAACAAGCACCUGAUGGUUAUAAAAUGAUUGAUGAAUUAACUGUAACGCGCAUUGUUGAAUCAAAUAAAUCGAAAUAUUUAUUGAAUGGAAAAAAUGCAACACAAUCAGCAAUACAUGAUUUAUUUAAAUCUGUGUCAUUAAAUGUGAAUAAUCCACGUUUUCUUAUUUUACAAGGUCAAGUCACCAAAGUAUCUAAAUCUAAACCACAAGAAAUUCUUGGUUUAAUCGAAGAAGCUGCUGGUACACGUAUGUACGAUCAAAAAAAAGCAGAAGCUUUAAAAACAAUUGCAAAAAAAGAUGAUAAAUUAAAAGAGAUUCGUACCACAAUUGAUACAGAUAUAACACCAACUAUUAAUAAGUUACAGCAAGAUGAACAAAAUUAUAAAAUGUAUACAGAAUUGAAAAAACGUUAUAAAUUAUUGAACGAUCAAUUAAUUGCCUAUGAAUAUUGGCAGUUAAUUACAUCGGUGAAACAAACAGAAACUGAUGUUGAAAAUAUGGAAUCACAAACCAGUGAAUAUCAAGAAAGAAAUGAAGUUAUUACAGAAGAAAUUCAACAAAUUCAUAAUGAAGUUAAACUUAUUGAAAGAGAAAGAAACGAAAACGUUGGCAACGAAGUAUCAGAAUUACAAACGGUUUAUGACAAACAAUUAGUUGAACUUCGUAAUUUAACUAAUGAUAAUGAUCGUUUAGCAAAGCAAUUGUCUCAAUACAAACAACAAUUAACUGAUUCCGAGCAACAACAUAAACAAUUAACCAAUUCAAUUGAAAAUUUAGAAAAUGAUAUUGAAAAAAGUCGAGAAGAAUUAGUUGAUUUAGAUAAAAAAGUUCUUACGGACACUGAACAUGUUAAACAAUUACAACGACGUCAUGAAGCUGUUAGUACGGGUACAGCUGUUGUUGGUAGUAGUUCUCAAGUUGCUCAUGGAUCAAAUGAUGACAGUCGAUUGACAAAUAAAGAAAGAUUAGAUAAAUAUAAAGAACAACGUGGAGAAAUUGCAACAAAAAUUAAGCAGCUUCAGCAACGAAUCGAUCAUUCGACUGGUGAAUUAAAAAAACUUCGUACUGAACAAAAAUCUUUAACAUCAAAACAAGGAACAUAUUCGUCGAUGCGUAGUGAAUUUGACAAGAAAAAAAUGACGUUAAAUCAAUGUGAAAAAGAUUUGGCCAAACUGCAAUUCGAUGUCGAACGUCUAAAACAACUUCGUUCUGAUAUUCGAAAUGAAGAUGAAAAUAUGGCGCGAGAUCAAAAUCGUCUACAACAAAUGAGGCGUCAAAAUCAUCAAUUAGAUUUUCAAUAUACAAAUCCGACGCCCAAUUUCGAUAGAGCGAAACAUGUUCAUGGUUUAGUUGCUACUCUAUUCAAUAUUAAUGAUAAAAAAUAUGCUCAAGCAUUAGAAUUAGCGGCUGGCGGAAAAUUAUUCAAUGUUGUUGUCGAUACUGAUGAAACAAGUAAACUUUUAUUUAAAUAUGGUGAUUUAAAAAAACGUAUAACAUUUGCUCCAUUAAAUCGAAUUUCAUCGAAUUUAAUUCCAAAAAAUAAAAUUGAAUCAGCUCGACGUGAAUUAGGUGAUCCAAAUGCAAUAUUUCUAGCAAAAGAUCUUGUUACUUACAAUCAUUCAAAAUAUGAAACAUUAAUCAAUUAUGUGUUUGGCUCAACAAUCAUUUGUUCAACAUCAGCUAUUGCUCAACGUGUUGCCUUUGAUGAAAAAUUGGGUUUAAAUGCAAUGGCUAUUACACUUGAUGGUGAUAUUUAUAAUCCCGCUGGUAUUUUAUCAGGUGGUGAUCGUAGUGGAACAAAUCGUGGACCUACAUUGCUCGAAACUGUUGCUGAAAUGAAUCAAUUAGAGGAAAGUAUUCGACAAUAUAAUUCAAAUAGUCGUCAAGAAUUAACUAAACUCGAACGUGACUAUGUUCAAAAUCAAAAUUUACAACAACAAAUUGAUUCGUUGACAAAUGAAAUGCAAUUAUUAGAAUUGAAAUUAGCACAAAAUGAUGAACAUCGUUUACAAACAGAAAUAACAACAUUAGAACAGCAAGAGUUCAAUAAUAAAAAAGAAUUAGACGAACAGCGUAUUGAAGAAAAAGUUUUAAACGAAAAAAUAAGCGAAUUAGAAAAAUUAUUUAAAAAUGAAGGCGAAGCGAAAAAAAAAGAAUUAGCUGAAAUUGAACAAUUAAUGAAAAAAGCAGAGAAACAAGUUGAUCUAAGUCAAAAACGUUCCAGAGAAAUGCAAACACAAAUAAAAGAUUUGGAAAUGCAACUUCAAUCUCAACAAGCUGAACUUGAUACGCUAACAUCCGAUAUGGAUACGCUACGCAAUACCAUAGAAACUAGUGCACAAACUCUGAAUAAUGCUAAUAAAACAUUAGCCAAUAAACAGAUGGAAAUAGAUGAAUUACUUUCAAAUUUACAAACAAAACGUUCACGCCUAACCGAAUAUAAUAAUCGUAUACAUUCAUUGCAUCAAAAAGAACAACAACUUAUAAAGGAACGUCGUGAAAUUGAACUGCAAUUAGAAAAAAAUAAACAUUCAAUUGUUGAUUUACAAAAUAUUGUUAAAGAAUCUGUUCGACGAAGACAGUUAAUUAUUGAAAAACAUGGUCGAUGGAUUGAAGAAGAAAAAGAUAAAUUUGGCACAUCCGGUGGACAAUAUGAUUUUGCUUCCAUGAAUAUUGCAAAAAUGCAAAAAGAUGCCAAAGAUGAUAAAGAAAAAGUUACUAAAAUGAGUAAACACGUCGAUGAAAGAGCUAUGACUUUAUUAGAACAAAAAAGAGCCAUGUAUAAACAGUUAUUAACCAAACAAAAGAAAGUACUCAAAGAUAAAGCUAACAUUGAACGUGUCGUUGCUGAGUGGGAUAAGAAAAAACAAGAAGCAUUACGUAUUGCAUGGCAACGUGUUAACAAAUCUUUUGGUGAAAUAUUUUCAACAUUAUUACAUAAUGCAAAUGCAAAAUUAACAUCUUUAAAUGGUCAUUAUGAUGCUGAUCGUGCACCAAAAGAUCUUGUUUUAACAGGUCUUGAAAUAAAAGUACAAUUUGGUUCAUUAUGGAAAGAAACAUUGGAUGAAUUAAGUGGUGGACAACGUUCAUUAGCUGGACUAUCCUUAGUUCUAGCAUUACUUCAAUAUAGUCCAGCACCUUUAUAUAUUCUUGAUGAAGUCGAUGCUGCUUUGGAUAUGUCACAUACACAAAAUAUUGGUUUAGUUAUAAGAAAAAGUUUUCGUAAUGCUCAAUUUAUUAUCGUUUCAUUAAAAGAUGGAAUGUUUUCAAAUGCAAAUGUUUUAUUUACAACAAAAUUUGUUAAUGGAAUAUCGACAGUUUCGCGAGCUGAAAACGUACCAAAUAAAAAACAUAAAGAUAAAGAAAAAUAA